GGUAAAUAACAGUUCAUUGCAUGGGGGAGUUAUCAUGUUCAUAUCUUGAGGCUGCUUUAGCAUCCAUCAUCAUCAUAAAAUCAGUGGAUGAUAUGCAAACUAGUCGAAAUUCGCCUCUAAUGGAAAAAUGUGUUGAAUUAAAGAGUAUAGACGAAUAUAUAUCCAUUUUGGACACAAACAGCCCCAAACACGAGGCAGCCGUUAAAUUGCAGAAGGUUUAUAAAAGCUUCCGGAUAAGGAGAAAAUUGGCCGAUUGCGCAGUUGUGAUCGAGCAGAGCUGGUGGAAGCUUCUAGAUUUUGCCGAGCUCAAACACAGCUCCAUUUCUUUCUUUGAUGUCGACAAACACGAGACAGCUGUUUCACGCUGGUCACGAGCACGAACAAGAGCUGCUAAGAUCGAUCCUCGUCAUCGUUAUGGCCACAAUCUUCACUUGUAUUAUGUUAAAUGGCUCAGUUCUCAAAGCAAAGAGCCCUUUUUUUAUUGGCUAGACAUAGGAGAAGGGAAAGAGGUUAAUCUUGUCGAAAAAUGCCCUCGUUCGAAGCUUCAGCAGCAAUGCAUCAAAUACCUUGGCCCGAUGGAGAGAAAGGCGUAUGAGAUAAUAAUGAAAGAUGGGAAGUUAAUUUACAAGCAAACAGGGGAAUUAUUGGAGACCACCACAGAAGAAGGCAAGGCUUGUAAGUGGAUUUUUGUCCUCAGCACAUCUAAGAUAUUAUACGUCGGGAAGAAGAAGAAAGGUUCUUUUCAACACUCGAGUUUUUUGGCGGGAGGAGCUACACUAGCCGCUGGGAGGAUUGUAGCUGAAAAAGGAGUCUUAAAGGCAGUCUGGCCUCACAGUGGUCACUACCGGCCGACACUGGAAAAUUUUCAGGAUUUCUUGUCGUUUUUGCGGGAGAACAAUGUGAAUCUUACUGAUGUUAAGCUCGUUCCGUAUGAAGACGAAGAAGAUUCUAGCGGGAACAAAAGCCUCUUGUACUUGAGAAGCAACUGCUCAGACGAAAAUCUAGCAGAGAAAGAGUAUUCGGAGCCUGAAGAAAACGAAAACAACCAAAAUCCCAAACAAUUUAUACAAGCAACCGAAAAUGAGAAACCAAGAGAUUCAGAUGAAGAGUCUAAAAACGAGGAGAUUAUCCCGGAAGAGCAUAUGUUGAAGUCGUUUAAACAUAUGUCGUGUAGGUGGAGCAGUGGCGCAGGGGCGAGGAUCGGGUGUGUGAGGGACUACCCUUGGAGAUUGCAAUGCCAUGCUUUGGAGCAGAUGAAUUUGUCACCAAGAAGCCAGCAUCCGAUUAAGUUGAGUAAAUCUGGUGAGGAGUAGUAGACUAGUAGUAGUUGCAGAUCACCAGUUUGUGACUUGUAGUGACCCAAUUUUGAAGUUGUAUAUCAAUUCUUUUAUUUUCUGCCUUUCUU